UUGUGUCACAGAAACAGCUGGAGGCAGUUGAGAGGGACGCUGCAAAUGCCAUUUCCUCGGAUUUUAUCGUCGUUUAUUCUUAUUCUCCUUUCGUAAGCCAGGGGAUUUACAUGGCCACGUGAUUUAGCUUUUUAAUUUGUCUGUUAUUUUCAAAAGGAGGGAGAAAAUCGGCCGAAAAUGGAGCCUGUUAUGGUCCUGUCUCUCCUCUCCUUUGCCAUGUUGGUUGGUUGUUACACAGCGGGUUCCAUUCCUCUCGUCAUGACUAUGUCCGAGGACCGUAUGGAGGUAGUGACUGUGUUGGGUGCCGGCCUGCUUGUGGGCACUUCUCUCACUGUCAUUAUUCCUGAGGGAGUCAACACUCUGUUCAGCAUGGAAACAAGCACAAAAGGCAGUCACACUGAAGGCCACAGCCACACUGGCGAGGAGGAGGCGCACACAGAACCACACAACCUCAUCGGACCUCCCCUUGUCCUUGGGUUCCUGUUGAUGUUACUCAUAGACCAGUGCUCGGGUGGCCAUCGCAAAGCAGGUGAUGCAGAGAAUGGAGUUACCAAAGGAAGGAGAAGUUCACUGACAGCCACCUUAGGCUUAGUGGUACAUGCAGCAGCUGAUGGCAUAGCACUUGGAGCUGCAGUCUCAUCAUCACACACAGAUGUUGAAAUGAUCGUGUUUUUCGCCAUCAUGCUGCACAAGGCUCCUGCAGCAUUUGGGCUUGUGACCUUUUUGUUGCAUGACGGACUAGAAAGAAAUCAAAUUAGGCGACACUUGCUUGUGUUCGCCCUUGCUGCCCCCAUCGGUGCUGUGGUCACAUAUGUUGCAAUUGUCCAGAGUGGCACCGAGUCCUUCUCAUCGUCCCACAGUACAGGCAUCGCUAUGCUCUUCAGUGCUGGGACCUUCCUUUAUGUUGCCACGGUACAUGUCCUGCCAGAGCUCACCAGCCACAGCCAUGAGGGAGGAGGGGGAGGCAACCAUUUCUCCCGGAAACAGUUGCUGGCUCUCAUUUGUGGAUCUUUGCUGCCUCUGUUCCUCACGUUUGGCCACCAUCACUAGGCAUUUUGUCUCCUUGCGUUAUUUUUCAUGGGCUUACCAUAUCUAAUGUCUGAGGCGUCUUUCAGGUGAUAUUUGAAUAUUUGAAGUAUUUUGGGCAUUCCGGUACCUUUAGAACAUGUUCUGUGGUGUGACUGGAUGUUGAAAGCCACCUCAGCGACACGGGGCCUCCUGUGCCAGUGAUUGUACAUGGAUUGAAAAAAAAGAAUAGUGCUGCUCCUUUAAGACAAAUGUUCAUUAGUGAGCUGCUCUUCAAGCAACAUUGGCAAGAGACCCUUUGCAAGAACAUUCCACUGUGUGGAUGGACAGUCUUGUGUGUCGUGAGUUGGUACUUCUCCUGUCCUUUUGUUUAUUCUGGUGCAAGCACUGAUGUUUUGGUUACCUUUUAGAUGCAAAUGAAUUAUAGUUAGAAAAUUUUAGUGUUUUUAAGGAAUAUGCACAAGUCUUCUCUUCUUUCUUUUUUUAUAAGGAUUUAUGGAUAUGAUUGUUAGAUUUUGUUUAUUAAACUGUCUUACAGUUUUUGUUGUUUAUUAGUAAUGGUGCCUCUUUAAAACUACCAAGGUAGUCAUUCAUCCCCACAUUAAAGGUUGUCAGGCAGAGCAGUCAUUUUUAUCACCAUAUUAGUUAUUGUCAUACAGAAGCCAGCUGAAAUAUUAAGGCUGAAUGAAUUUGCAGGUUUGAUAUAUAUAUGAUUUAUCUUCUCCAUGAAGAUAAAACUGAUUUUAGAGAUUUACCGUUGUAUUUUUGAACUGAGGAACAGUUUUUGUAUAUCACACUCCCAUAAAGGCACAGGUUGUGAACAUAAUGUAGUUAACUGCACUGAAAUAUAGUGAAAUGCUACUCAUUUUUAUUACACAUUUUAGAGUUAAUUUAGCUUUCACUAAUAGAUAUAUGCAGUCAAUCCAAGGAUUUUUAUCAUUUACAAAGGUUUUGCAAUGAAACAUGGCAGUUGUCGCCCUGUUAAUAGAAGUGUGUAUGAGUUUUAAACAUUCCUUAGAGCGAAAGGGAAAGAUACUUGAUACUUCUGCUUCAUUUUUUCCCCUUUUUCUUUGCUGUCACAAAAUCAUUUUUCUAUUGCUCCGUUAAGUCUACAGUGCAUUGCAAGAUCAUGAAAAAGUAAAAUGGGAAUAAGACAGAUAUGUAGUUUUUCAAAAAUGGGAUGUUAAUAUUUUCACAUUGCAAUAUACUAGCAUUGAUGUAUAUGAUAUUAUUAUUGGUAUUAUUGUAAUUAUUAUUAUUAUCAUUAUUGUUGUUAUUAUCAUUAUUAUUAUUAUUUUUAUUAGUAUUAUUUUUUUAGUAAUGCUAUUAUUAUUAUUAUUAUUAUUAUUAUUAUUAUUAUUAUUAUUAUUAUUAUUAUUUAUACUUUUUCUCAUUGUAAUGAACUCCAAUACCUGUGCAAUUUAAAAUAUUGUUAAUACUGUUAUUAAUCUAAAAAUUGUCUAUAUGAUUAUUAUUAUCAUCACUUUUAUAACAGUCAUUACAUCAUGAAGAACAUUAUUAUCACCAUUUUCACCGAGAUCACAACUGCCACUAUCAUUACCAUUAUUAGUUGUACUAAUAUCAAAACUUUACUAAUUGUAAUUGCUGCAUAUUAUUCAUUGCUAUACAGAUGUGACUGUGAUACAUAUAUAGAUUUUUUUUUUGCAAAGCAUAGUCUAACCCUCCCCACAAAAAGUGGGAAGUCUACCAGACUAAAUUAAUAGAAACUGCCUAAUUUUGAUUAAUGUUUUGGGGUUAUUUCCCGAUGGAUCUUUUAUUUUUUGAUAGUUAUUAAUCAGUUAUUACUAUAAAGAUAUAAUCAUUUUAAGUAUUUAUAUUUAUUCUAGACCAGCGUCAUUAAUUUUCCCUUAUUUAUGUGGCCUGAUGAACAUGUGUAUGAGUGUGUGUUGGAAAUAUGAAGGUACUUUUAGAUUACUCUUCUUUCUCUUUACAUUUCACUUUUUUGUUUGUAUGGUAUUUGGUGUGUGUUGUUUUCUGUUUUUGUUUGUUUAAUUUUGUCAGGGAAUUAUUUGAGCCUCAUCAUUUAUAUAUUUUUGUCUUCCUUUACUGUAAUUAUCAAUUGCAGUGGAUCAGUCCAUAGAACUGACAACUGGAUGUAAAUGCAUUUCCAAGAUCAAACAUUUUGAAUAAUACUUUUGUCCAUUUCUUUCUCCCUUCCUUUAACUUGGAGUCCAGAGGAUGAAGAGUGAACUAUUUUAAGAAAAAAUGAGACUAGUGUAAUAGCCUGAAGUGCUUGACUAGUUACUUUUAGUCUACAUUUGGCAUUAGCUGUUACCUUAUAGGGUGAACUGGAACAACAAUGUAAUUACUUUGGUCAAAGCUUACCUAUUUUGUAAAAUGAAGUAAAUGUUACUGUGCAUAAACUGACAGUCUAAAGGUAGCCUGUUUUUCAAUGAAAAUAGUAAAACUGUGGCCAAAUUUUAUAUAUCAUUGUCAAAAUAUGGAUGCUGAUGUUUUUACAUGUAUUGUUUUAUUAUACAUGAUUAUAUAAUCUUAACAUGUUUAUUACAUACAUAUCUUCUGACACACACACACACACAUAUAUGUGUAUAUAUAUAUGUCCAUUGCUUUAUCUAGUUAUUAAUCUCUUCCUACCACUAGACAUACCAGUUUUAUGUUGUCUUUCCUCCUCCCACAAAAGCUAGGUGUUUGUCAUUCCUUCUUCAUCACCAAUUUGCCACAUGCUAAUACAUGAUUUAGGCUGCUUUCACACCAAGGUGGCACAUCACAUGUGGCAUGCCAUUUGAAAAUUAACAUGCGGAUAUAUAUGAAACAAUCCUCACAGAAGUGUUAUGGCAUUGCACCAAGAUUGCACGUGGCAGUCUUGGUGCAAUUAUUAUUGCAAUUAUUAUUCUGUACCAAAGGUUUCAUAUACUUCUGGGUGUUUGUUUUAAAAUGGCUUGCCAUGUGCAACAUAACACUUUGAUGUGAAAGUGACAUAGCUGUCCCACCAUUGCCACCAGUUGUAGGAGUUUGAGUGAUGAGCCUUACAAGAGUAUGAUGAAUGAUGAGUCUAUUGUGUAAGGCAGAAUACCAAGAUGUCUUGAUUUGUUUAUUAGAUAGUAAUUAUUGAUUAUGUUAGUGUGAGACUGCUCCUCCUAGGAGCAAGGAGUUGCUCUUUGUCUCCCCACAGGUAGUCUAUUUUCACAUUGUGGAGUGGUUUAAGGAUAGCUAUAUCACAUAGCAUGUAACAGUUGGCAAUGAAGAAUAAAGUGUUACAUCAAAACAUAGCUCUUGUGGAAGGGGAACAACAGAACAGUGUGGCAUGAAGAGGAAUAACCAGGUAAAGCAACAUGCAUAUGUGCAUAUGGGUGCAUUUGUGCGGUGAUAUGUAUGUGACAAAUCAUAUAUUAUAUAGAUUAUGUAGAAUAUAACAAUAGAUUCUUAACGUAAGAUAUAUUAGUUUGGUUACAAAUUGUACUUUUAUAUUUUUGCUUUCUUUAUAUUUUAUUGAUUUAUAGAAAAAAGAAGAAUUAAUGGUAAGUUCAGCUUUUAGAGUGGACCUUAAAAAGAAAUUAUUAAACAUUUUCUUCUGUCUGAUGAAGAUACAAGUAGAGAAUGCAGUUGUUUAUGUAUACACUGCAUAUAUACAUAUUUUUUCCAGUUCA